AUGGGUAUGUACGACUACAUCGACCCGCGCACCUUGUUGCUCACGAGCGACGACCUGAAGAAGUCCAAGGACAUGCUUGAGCAGUUCAAGAGCAGCGGCAAAAAGCCGGAAGGUGUGACUGAUGCUGAAAUGUGGGCCCACCGGAAGAACAUCGAAGUGAGCAUCCACCCAGUUACAGGAGAUGAGCUUUUGAAGGUUGGCCGCAUGUCAGCCUUCGUUCCUAUGAACGUGCCUUUGUGCGCCUUCAUGCUCAUGGCCAACACCACGCCCAAAGUGCUUGCUGCUCAGUGGCUGAAUCAGACCUACAACAUGGUCAACAACUAUGUGAACCGCUCUGGCGCCACCGUUGAGUGGUCCGCACUGUUGCAGUCCUACGCCUUGGCAGUCACCGCCUCCUGCUCCAUUGCCCUCACGGGGAGGAAGCUUAUGGCGGCGGUGCCGGCUCUCUCGGUCAUGGGCCCCUUCGUUCCCUAUUUGGCCGUGAUCUCCGCGGGCACUGCCAACGUCUCCUUCACGCGUAUGGAGGAGUGGAAUGGAAAGGGCGUUGCCAUUGUGGACGAAGAGGGCAACGAGCUGGGCAUGUCGAAGGCUGCUGGUCAGAUGGGCGUGCUCCAGACCGUGCUCUCGCGAUCGUGCUUUUUGAGCCCAUCGCACCAAUGGUGA